CAAAAUUAAAUAAAUACAUGAUUGUUUGAAAUGACAAGCCUGACCUCAGAGGAUUUGGAGGAUCAGCUGGAUAGUUUCAUCAUUCGUAAACCGCGAGAUCAAACAAAGGUUUAUACGGCAGUACGCAAAGAAACCAAUAAUGGCCAAAAGAUUUUUGAACACAUUCCGCUGCUUGUGGGAGACAUUUUGCAAUCGACGCCAGUCGCCGGCUAUAAAGAUGUAUUUACGGCUUUCAAUCCCGCCACUCUAAACUACCGCAGUUGUCUUGUGUACGGUUAUGUUGCUGGCCGGGGUGUUCACAAUAAAUUCUUUUACAAAUACCUCGUCGACGAUGGAACUGGCACAAUCGAAAUCAGCAUUUUUAGCAAGCCAAAUGAGUCCGACAUUAUUCGAGGUCUUUACAAUGAAGCAAAGAACUUGGUGUACUCCGCGGGAUCUGGACAGUACGAGAAGGUAUCGGGUUGCAUGAUACGACUGCUAGGUAAGGCCAUGGAACAUAUUGAUGGUUCCGCAAUAUUACUCGGCAGCAAUGUUCUGUUAUUUGGACGCCCAAGCUGCUUUAGGAAUAAAAUUACUUUGGAGGUUAUCUCAUUUGCCAUGGACAAUGGACGAUCUCGUCAGCUAGAGAUCGCGUUUAAUGACAAUUUGAUCGACUAUUACCAGAGCCAUAAGGCCGCAUAA